CGACAGACAAGGGGCGAUAAACAUUCAUCUGUUGCCAAAUAAAACAUAAAAAACUCACAAACCUGUUAUAAUAUUUAAAUUCCCUUAACCAACAUUACAAUAUUAUAUGAUGAAGAAUCAUUAACCCCAAUUUUAUUGAAAUCACUUGAAGGACGGUCGAGUAUUCAGUAUUUCUUUUUCAUGUUUUUGGACAAAAAUCUGAAGAAUGGCCGGCAGAACGCAGCCACCGCAGAUUCAGCAACAGCCUGGCCAGAGUCAAGUCGUUGUCAACAAACGACGCAAACGCAACCAGCCCCCUGUUUAUAGCGGUAUUGGCAGCUCAUUUGAAGACAAGGACAAUGAUUUUGUUUGCGCUGUGUGUUUUGAGAUGAUAGAAGAAGCUCACAUGACGAAAUGUGGACACAGUUUUUGUUACAAAUGCAUCAAACGUCAGCUUGAAGUCAGCAAUAGAUGUCCGAAGUGCAACUACAUCAUUGAAAAGCAGGACCAAAUAUUUCCUAACUUCAGUUUGAAUGAGCUGGUCCUAAAGCACAGACAGCGCCAAGCUGAGAAGAAGAUGAAAUUGGACAGCCAAGGUGGAGGGUUGACCCUCAACCUGGAUGAUAUUGUGACCUCCCCUGAAAACUUGGACCUCGCCAAUAUAAACAUGAUGCUAGAUGUACUUAGUCAGAAGAAACAGCAACUUGAGGCAGACUGUAAAGCUGCCCAGCACCAACUGCUGAAAGAGUUCCUGCAUCAAGUCAGACAGAAGAAAAAACAGCAACUUGAUGAGCUGAAUAGGGAGCUGCAAGUGCUUGAUGAUGAUUGUUUAAAAGUGGAUGAGAAAUUAGCAGAGUUAAAGAAGGCAUGUCCCAAUUCAGGUGAUACUAGUCCAGUCAAUGCUGUAAAUGUGAUGAAUGGCUUUGAUCCUGCAAUAGCUUCUGCGAGUACGGAUCUCACGCAACAAGAUGGUUUCAACGGCAGCAAGAGCGUUAGUAAACACAGGUGGCCGCACACAAGCUUGUCUUCAAGACGUAAGAAGGUCUACCAGCAUUUUGAUGAUUUGGAGCAGUGUUAUUUCAGUAUACGGCAGAAGGAGUUCACUGGAGGAGAGCCUGGUUUACAUGAUGGUCUGGAGGAGUUUACUGAUAGUCUCAGCAAAUUUGUGAAAUUCAAUACAUUUCGUCCAUUAGCUACUUUAAGCUAUGCCAGUGAUAUUUAUAAUGGUUCUAGCAUUGUAUCAAGUAUUGACUUUGACAGAGACUGUGAAUACUUUGCCAUUGCCGGUGUCACGAAAAAGAUUAAAGUGUUUGAGUAUGCGACUGUGAUACGUGACGCUGUAGAUAUUCAUUAUCCAAUUACGGAGAUGGUCUGUAAUUCUAAAAUAAGUUGUAUAGCGUGGAAUAACUAUCAUAAAGGAGUUCUUGCCAGUUCAGAUUACGAGGGAACAAUUACAAUAUGGGAUGCUUUAACUGGUGCAAAGUCGAGACUUUUACAGGAACAUGAAAAAAGGUGCUGGAGUGUUGACUUCAAUCGUGUUGAUCCUAAAUUGCUCGCCUCUGGGUCAGAUGAUUCGAAAGUCAAGCUGUGGUCGACGAAUACAGAGCACUCCGUGGCCUGUAUAGAAGCCAAGGCCAAUGUUUGUUGUGUCAAAUUCAACCCGGACAGUCGAUAUCAUCUGGCAUUUGGAUCUGCUGAUCAUUGUGUUCAUUAUUACGAUCUUCGAAGCACUGCACAACCAGUGGUAGUGUUUAAAGGUCAUCGCAAGGCUGUGUCAUAUGCCAAGUUUGUCAACACUCAGGAACUGGUCUCUGCAUCUACUGACAGUCAGUUGAAGUUAUGGAGCAUCUCAAACAAACCCCACUGCCUACGCACAUUCAGAGGACACGUCAACGAGAAGAACUUUGUCGGUUUAGCUUCGGACGGUGAUUACAUUGCUUGUGGAAGUGAAAAUAACUCGUUGUGUGUCUACUACAAGGGACUUUCAAAGCAGCUGUUGAAUUUUAAGUUUGAUACAGUCAGGAGUGUUUUGGAAAAAGAGAAAAAAGAAGAGGAUGCCAAUGAAUUUGUUAGUGCAGUAUGUUGGAGACCGGGCUCUAACGUUGUUGUGGCAGCCAAUAGUCAGGGAAUAAUCAAAGUCUUGGAACUUGUAUGACGUCGGCUUUCCGCUAAGACAUGUAAAACCAGUUGCAAUAUUCUAUGGACUUUUCUAUGGUUCAAUAUUUGGACUGUCUGGGGUAUAGAAAACAUGCUCUCAUAUAUGAAAUAUCUCUUCCUUUCUUAGAGUAUCAAAAUCUCAGGUAAAUAUUCUUCCUUUGCCGAUUCCUAAAGAUGGGUAGAAGUCAGGAUGAGAUUAUAUUAUUUAAGCUGUUAUCUUGUCCUGGCCAUCUGGUUGUGACUUUGUCCUUAAUGACACAAAUUUGGGAUGAUUUGGCAAUGUUUUUGUUCACAAAGUAUCAAAUAAAAGGGAUGUUCUCGGAGUAAUUUUUGAAUUGGAUUAAUUCUCAACUCUUGCUUUUUGAAACUCAGCAAGAUACGAGGUAAUAAAAAAAUCAUUUUGACUGCAGCAUUACUUUGUGCUGGGGGGAGAACUGGUAGUUCUCCGGUCUUUGUGAAUAGCAUUUCACCAAUUUUUGGGGAUGGCCUUUACAUUAGUAUUUGAUGUUGAAAUACUUUACAGUAUUUGGGAAAUAUUUUGUUCCACUAUAAAAUAUCGAGAUGAAUAGAUGAUAAAAAUUGUACAUUGCAAUGUUUUUUCUUGACAAGUUGUUUAAAUUCAUGUUUCUGUGUUCAGAUCAAUGUUAGUUUUUGGAUGUCAUAUAAUGUAUAUAGUCAAAUG